AUGGCACCAAUGAAGAUCCUCAUCAGCGGCGCUGGCAUCACCGGCAAUUCCCUGGCCUUUUGGCUCUCGAAGCUAGGUCACAAUGUCACAAUCAUCGAGCGUUCUCCUUUCCUUCGAACUUCAGGGCUCCAGAUUGAUCUACGCAGCCACGGAGUCGAAGUCAUGAAGCGCAUGGGCCUCGAACAGGCCUUUAAGGCACAUUCAAUCCCAGAGCAGGGCAUGCAAAUGGUGAAUCAAGCGGGUAGACGGGUGGCCUUUUUCCCAUCAAAUGAUUCAAGUGUCAAUUUGGGUUUUAGUACCAACUUCGAGAUUAUGAGAGGCGAUCUGUGUCAAAUCAUCUAUGAUGUGACCAAAAGUCGGGCCAACUACAUCUUCGGCACAUCAAUUGAGAGCUUCGAGGAAAACGAGAAGGAAAAAGCGAUCAACGUUCGAUUCACAAAUGCCACCGAAGACCGUUUCGACCUCGUGAUUGGUGCCGAUGGCCAAGGGUCGCGUACUCGAAAGAUUAUGCUCGGGAGCGAGGCCCCCGAUGCAUUCCAUCCACUCAACGGUCUCUAUGUCGGAUAUUUCACCCUCCCACAACCAAUCAAGGACGGGGAAGGAUAUGUCGCUACAACAUACACGGCACCCGGAAGGCGCGUUAUUAUGACCCGAAGGCACAAUGUGCACGAGAUCCAAGCAUAUAUCGGCGGCCAGACGAAUUCAGAGCAGCUCAAGAAGCGUUUGCAGGGUGAUGUUGCAGAGCAAAAGGAGGCAUUGAAGGAGAUGCUUCAAGGAGCGGGGUGGAAAACGGAUGAGAUAUUGAAAUCUCUCGAAGAUGCCGACAACUUCUACUGUGAGCGUUUAGGUCUGGUCAAGUUAGAUUGUUGGUCUCGCGGUCGGGUCACGCUCGCCGGGGAUGCUGCUUAUUGUCCGUCAGCAAUGACAGGAAUGGGUACCACUUCUGGGAUUGUUGGUGCCUAUGUUCUGGCUGGGGAGAUUGGGCGGCACUGUGGUGGACCUUCUGAGAAGCAUUUCGUGGAAGGGAAUGAUACCCCAGACGCUCUUAUGACUGCGCUUCAGGCGUAUGAACAGAAGUUUCGCCCUUUUAUCAGCCAGGUUCAGGAAGGUGUUUCCGAUGACGGGGGGCUUUGGGAUAGGAUUUCGGCCACGGCGUUCGGUGUUGCUCUCAUGAACCAUCUUAUGGGAAUUGCUUCCUUUUUGAGAUUGGAUCUGCUCAGCAAAUUUUCUGCGAAUCCUGUCAAGGACUGGAAACUUCCGACAUAUGAAGAGUUGCUCCGGGAUUAG